AUGGCGUACUUAGAGUGUUUAGUACUUAUAGUUGGACUUACAAUCUGCAGUGGAAGAGUUACAGGUCCACCUCAGAACGACAGAUCAGGAAAGCAAAGUACAAUAGCCUUCUCCGUCGGUUUAACAAGCACCUUGCACAUGUCUUACUCCGAAACAAUUGUCUAUGAUAAAGUUUUUGCCAACUUCGGAGACGGAUAUUCUGUUGACACGGGUGAGUUCACUGCUCCAGAUACUGGAGUAUAUGUGUUCCAUGCACAUGCGUACAACUCGAACAAGGAUAGAGCAAUGUGGAUUGAAUUAAUUAAAAACAUUGAUUCAUUAGUGUCUGUCUCUGGUUUUAACAGUCAUUCAACAGCCGGAAAUUCCGUCAUUGUGAGUCUGCGCAAAGGAGAGACUGUUGCUGUAAGAGCAAGACCUGGACAAGAAUUUACCCUCUUUGGGAAAGCUGAUCAAAUCUACACAACAUUUUCCGGGUAUCGCAUCGGGGAAAUUCCGUAUUCCGACCCGGCAGCAAGUUUAUUCGGACGAUAAAGACAAAAUAAUGUAUUAGAUAUCUUGUAUAUGUUAAAACGUGUUGUGUGGAGACUACAUUGGACUUAUAUUUCGUUCAUUGAUAUAAUAAAAAAAUGUUUUAAAGUUUUAAGUCCUGUUUAACUUCUUUUUUUUUAAAUAAAAUUUCUUUAAUUUUUGUAUGAUUGCAUGUUUUUUACGCUUCUUCUCAAGUGAUCUCUUUAGAAUUUUAACAUAAAGUUUAUUUCCUUUCAAAAUGUGCCGUUUACCAAUAAAAAUCAAUAUUCAUCCGGUAAGAUAUAAUAAUAAUAUUAAAUUGUUAAAGAUUUAAAAAAAAGUAAAUAAACAAAUCUAAUGUUUAUAUAUAGAUUUAUUUUCAGAGAGAACGGAAUAUAUUAAGUAUGUGUGGCCUUAUAUGUUAUUUAAUUUAUAAUCCAUUUUGGUCAGUAUUGAAUCGAAUUAUAUGCA